UGUGUUAAAGUUGUUUCCUCUUUUACAGAAAGACUUCAAUUUCAAGUGAAUUUAUACGUUUUGUGUUCAGGAUCGAGCAGAACUUUCGUGUCAUAAUCUGAGACCUCGCCGCCAAAAGCCAACCUGUUUACUAACGAAAAAAAAUAGCAUUCAAAAUCUGGACAGUAUUUUGGCGGGAUAGGGAAAGGGAUUUUUUUCCUUCAUAGUUGUGAUUUUAUAAUGUUGAUGUUGCAUUGAAUUUUGAACUUAAGGUGUGUUUUUCGGAUGCAAUGCCUUGGUUUUUGUUUCUCAUAAAGCUGAAAUGAAUAAUCCUCUGAAAGACUUUAGACCAGAAAGUUUGUGCCUUCUGAAAGAAAGCCAGGAAGAUUACUGGCGUUAUGCUAGGAAAGGUCCUCACGAUUUUUCUGUUUACACGGAAAAAUCCUCCAUUUAUGAACCUCCGUCUAAGGAAAAAUUCAGAGAAUCAUCUGAUGUUUUAGUGAGGUGGACAGAUGGCUUACUUUACUUAGCGAAUAUAAUUAAGGUUGAAGAUGAGUAUAGCCGUUGUGCUGUGAAAUUUGAAGAUGGUUCUCAGUUUUGGGCUCUGUAUAAAGAUAUAUACAAAGGUCCUCAUCCAGAAGGUGAAAUUCAGUGCACUGUUUGUGAUAGUGGUUCUUCACUUCCUCCUGAUGAAAUUGUUAUUUGUGACAAAUGUUCAGUUGGCUACCACCAGCUCUGUCACAUUCCAAAAAUUGAUCGCUCCGUUUUGAAGCUUGAUGUUUCGUGGAAUUGUCGAAAAUGCAUUUUUGCAUCAACUGCCAAAACUGGUGGUGCUCUAAAAAAAGGGUCAAAUGCUCAAGUUAUGAUGGUGAUGAAGCAAACACUACCCUAUAGUCCGGAUGCUCUUACGUGGGACAGCUCUCAUCGAUCAAAUCUUCAACAAACAUAUUGUUACUGUGGUGGUCCUGGAGAGUGGUAUUCUAAGAUGCUUCAGUGUAGUAGGUGUAGACAGUGGUUUCAUGAAGCCUGUCUUCAGUGUUUGGAGGAACCUUUGCUGUAUGGAGACAGGUUUUAUAUUUUUGUUUGCUCUGUGUGCAAUAGUGGACCGGAAUUUCUCAGACGUUUGCCUUUAAGAUGGCCUGAUAUUGCUCAUCUAGUCCUUUUUAACUUAACUGUAAUACAUGGGAAAAAGUUUUUUGAAUUUGAUUCUACUAUCCUCUCAUUUUUAAAAGACAAAUGGUCACAUUUCCAAAUCAAAGGCGAGGCUAUGUCACGAAUGCCUGGUGAUGAAAGGAAGAAAAGGUUAUUGGAAAUUUUACAAAAGUGUAAAAGCAGAUUUACAUUUGGCAAAGAAAUCAAAAAGAAGACCUUGCUUUGGGGUUUGAAAUCUCGUGUCCCUCCUCCUACGCCAGUAAUAACUCUUCCAGACUCUGGAGCCAUAACAAAUGAUGUUCUCGAUUCAUUUAGUGCUGCUUCUCGGAAGUUGAAAUCUGUCAUCAAGACAAACAACUCUGAUAUUCCUAUUAAAAAAUUACGUAAACCAUCUGUUCCUGAUAAUGAAAGCUUAAUAAAUGAAAGAACGGAAACCCAGUCAUUACAGAAAAAAGAGAAAUUGCAUUCAAGUCGGGAAGAAGACAAACCUAGAAGAGCUUCACAUAAACCAAAAAAAGAAAAAAGGAAGUUGCCCCACAGGCAAGCCCGGUGCAGACAAUCUAAUGGAACUAGGAAACUCUUAGAUUCUUCUGUCAGUACCAUUGAGAUAUCGGACAGUGAAGAUACAUCAUCAUCAUCUCAGGGUACUUUAAAUGCUAUCAUCCCCCACCCCACCAACUUUGAAGGGGUCAACAAUCCUUUCUUGAGUAACUACAAACGGAAUAGCAAGAAAUCGGUAUCUGUGAAUUCCACACUCCAAAUUGAAUCUAAUAAUGUGAUAAAAAACGUGCAACGCAUUCAGCUCCGAGUGAGGCCCCAACGUAAAUGCAUCAGUAACAAAACUUCGGUUAUUGAAGGACUUCUGAAUGGCACCAGCUCUAAAAUUGUGAAUAAUAAGUGCAAGGUUACAGAAACAAAAUCUCCUACGAGCAGCAGUGUAAACUCGUCUGUGAAUACAUUCUUUGGUGCAGUGAAUCAAAUAGGUGAUAGUGAAAAAUACUCUGUACUUGCUAAACGAAUUGCUCCUGAUGGUUCAGUACAGUAUUUAGUUGAGUGGGAUUCUUUGAAUCCUUCCUGAGUAUUACCAAUUUUACUAAUUAUAAUGCAUUUAUUCCGUCAAAGUGUUCAUGAACUAUAGAGAAUUGUCUAGAAGUAUUUUUAGACAAGUUUUUUUUCUUCCACUUUUCUCCAAUGUUUUUAAACAUAUGCAAUUCAUUAUGCUUUAAGUUAAUAAUUGGACAGAAGAUAUUUUCUUUAUUUCCUUAUCAUAACAUUUUUAAAGAUACAAGCCACCUUUAUUAUUUCAAACACUGAAUUCAGUAAUGAAUGAAUUAAAAAGUUCAGAAAUGGGGUUAAUUUAGUUAGUUCUUAACUAUGUUUUUCUUUUAUUUUAAUAUUGAGUUUACCUUUGCCAUACUGAAAUGCAGACCACAUAGAAAUUUUAGAGGCAAAAGACUUUAAAAAGUUAAAAUUAUUCCUUUAUAGGGAUAAACUUAUGUUACAUUUAAGAAAAAAUAUUUUUGUGCAAUUUUGAUUCAAGACUAUUACAAAUUUAAAUUGAAAAGGUCGCAAAAGAUGCA